AAUCAUCUCCAUGUAAUGCCAACCGCGUUCCGGUAAAUUCCCCUAGUCGUAUCCUUCCAACCGUUCCAUAUAUAAAAUGUCUCAAACCCCCUAACCUUUCUUACAUCCCCAACAAGCUUCUAAGUGUGUAACUGUGUUAGAACAAGAGCUCAAAGAUACAAAAAAUUCAGGAAAUUCAGAAUUGAAGGACAAACAGAUUCUGCAGAUAUAACAUAUAGCUAGUAGCAUCAAGAAGUCUUGCUUGCCAUGGCUGAGGAUUUUCAAGCUGCUAUCUGUGGUGAAAAUUGGUGGAAUAAUAUUAAUCCAACAAGAAGUGUCUUUCCUCUUAUGCCAUCAACUUGUUCGGUGGCAGCAGCUGAUCAUGCAGGAAACUACAGCACUUGGCAAAGUACUACUGAUUUCGUUGAUUUGAAGGGAACAAGGUCUUGUGCUGAGCUGGAGACUGAUAAUAACUUGAGUUUUCUUGAUGCUGAGAAGCCACAGCAGAGUGAAAGUGGUAGCAUCUUGAUCAAUUCCACCUUACAAAUGAUGGGUUUUGGCAAGUCAUCUUCAACUUCAUCGAAUUGGAAUCAAUCUUUAUUAGGGAGCGGUUUUGAUUCUGUGCUUCAAGAAGAAACAGGCAUAGGUGGUGGCAGCCAAGUUUCCACCGUUGAUGCUUUGAAGCCAAUGAACCAAGAAUUUUCCUUGGAUCAGCAGAGUCUGAAUUCUGUUGUUACAAGCACUGGAUCAUUAUCUGGUGGUUUCCCAGUUGUUUCAGCCUCCUAUGGUUACCCUUCAACAUUGAUACAAAGCUUAUAUGAGCCUGAGCCUCAACCACAACAACAGAACUCACUUUUCACCAACCCCUCCAUGUCCUACUCAUCAUCUUCCGCAAACUAUGGGAUAUGUUCCAAUGAACUGUCACCAACUUGGUCCAAAGUUUCUUCCCUUCCCAAACCCUCAAUGCCAAAGCAACAGCUCAGUGGAUUGCACUUUUCCAACAACACUGCUUUCUGGAAUUCUUCAGCCGAAGCACUUAAUGACAUAAGAGCAGGUGUUUUUACUUCAUCACAAGCCCAAUAUCAAACGGCAAAAUUUGAAGAGAAACCCAACUGCCCCAAUACUCUAUUAAACAAGCUCAAGAGAGAAGAAUCACCAGACGCAGCGAAGAAAAAUUCUCCUGAGCCUGCAUUCAAGAGGCAAAGAAUUGAGACUCCAUCUCCAUUACCAACUUUUAAGGUUAGGAAAGAAAAGCUGGGGGACCGCAUCACUGCUCUUCAGCAAUUGGUUUCACCUUUCGGAAAGACGGAUACAGCAUCCGUUCUUCACGAAGCCAUCGAGUACAUCAAGUUCCUCCAUGACCAAGUCAGUGUUUUGAGCACUCCAUAUAUGAAAAACAACGGAGCUCCCAUUCAACACCAGCAGGAUUGUGAUAAUCUGAAGGACUCAGAAGGGGCAAAACAAGAUUUGAGAAGCCGAGGGCUGUGUUUGGUGCCGAUUUCAAGCACAUUCCCAGUGGCUAAUGAGACCAGUGUUGAUUUCUGGACGUCUACAUUUGGAGGCGCACUCAUUGGCAGGUAGAGACAAGUGGAGAACUCGUGACAAUAAUAACUAUAUAUUUAUAAAUAAACUAAAAGGAAGAAGAAGAAGAAGAAAACACGAUUAUGCUAAAGAGAAAAUUAAAGCUGAAGAGAACAAAAGAGCAAAAAAGAAAAAGGAAGCUACUCUUCAAAGAGGACACGUAAAGCAGAAUGAUGUACACUAGUAAAUGAUUAGUGACUACUGGAAGAGAUCGAAUAAUAGAUUAAUUAGCUAUAGGUGCUUUAAGAAGUUUUAGUGUUUUUAUUAUUAACAUCGAUGAGGGGCAGGAACAAGUGCUAAAUUCAGAGGCAUUUGACAUAUUAGAUUAGAGUUUUUGUUGCUGCUGUGGUUAGAGAGUCAGUAUUAUAUGCCUGAAUUUAGCAGAUGGGGCUAGCUAGCUAACACGCCUUUUGUUCCUGCUAUAAUCGAUGUAUUAUUGUAGUAUAUAUUUUGAAUCAUUAAAGGGGUUUUACACCAACUUUAAUUUUUUUUAUUAUUUAUAUGAAAAAAAAUAAUCAAAAUAAAGCGGAUUAUAUUGUACCGUUCAA